AUGCCUAGGGAAAUCAUCACCAUCCAAGCUGGCCAGUGCGGCAACAAUGUCGGUAGCCAGUUCUGGCAGCAACUAUGCCUGGAGCAUGGAAUCAGCCACGAUGGUAAUCUCGAGGAAUUUGCGACUGAAGGAGGUGACCGCAAGGAUGUUUUCUUCUAUCAGAGUGACGAUACUAGAUACAUCCCUCGAGCUAUUCUUCUCGAUUUAGAGCCUAGAGUUCUUCAUGGCAUCCAAUCCGGCCCUUACAAGAAUAUCUACAACCCCGAGAACUUUUUUGUCGGAGAAAAUGGUGUUGGUGCUGGUAACAACUGGGGUGCAGGUUAUGCGGCAGGAGAGGGUGUCCAAGAGGAAAUCUUCGACAUGAUUGAUCGAGAGGCAGAUGGAAGUGAUUCACUAGAGGGUUUCAUGCUAUUACAUUCGAUUGCAGGAGGAACCGGCUCCGGUCUAGGAAGUUUCCUGCUGGAACGAAUGAAUGAUCGCUUCCCCAAGAAGCUGAUUCAGACAUACUCCGUGUUCUCGGAUUCCAAUGACGUGGUCGUCAACCCUUAUAACAGUUUGCUCACGCUGCGUCGAUUGACUCAAGAUGCCGACUCUGUGGUUGUCUUGGAUAAUCUCGCCCUUGCAAGCAUUGUUGCGGACCGACUCCAUGUGCAAAAGCCCAACUAUGAUCAGACUAACCAGCUUGUCUCCACGGUCAUGUCGGCCUCCACCACAACUCUCCGAUACCCGGGAUACAUGCACAAUGAUCUAGCAGGAAUCAUCGCUUCGUUGAUCCCAACACCACGCACCCACUUCCUCGUCACUUCAUACACACCAUUCACCGGAGAUAAUAUCGAGCAAGCAAAGACUGUGCGCAAGACUACUGUUCUGGAUGUUAUGCGCCGUCUUCUCCAGCCGAAGAACCGCAUGGUCUCAAUCAACCCUAGCAAGUCGAGUUGCUAUAUGAGUAUUCUCAACAUCAUUCAGGGUGAAGCAGACCCUACAGACGUGCACAAGUCCCUUCUUCGUAUUCGUGAACGUCGCCUCGCUUCAUUUAUUCCCUGGGGUCCUGCCAGUAUCCAAGUUGCACUGACCAAGAAAUCACCCUACUUGCAACAUACAAACCGUGUCAGUGGCUUGAUGUUAGCAAACCAUACUUCCGUGGCAACACUUUUCAAGCGAAUUAUCCAGCAAUAUGAUCCUCUGCGUAAGCGCAAUGCAUUCAUUCAGCAAUACGAGAAGGAAGCGCCCUUCGCUGAUGGACUGGGCGAAUUCGACGAAGCCCGCGCAGUGGUCAUGGAUCUCAUUCGUGAGUAUGAAGCCGCCGAACGCGAGGAUUAUCUGGACCCAGAAGCCGGAAAAGAAAACCAAGUUGGAGCAUGA